AUGUUGGGUUUGGCUACCAACGUCAUAACAACAGCGCUUGAUCUUCAUCACGCGUCUUACAAUGGUUUUGAUUACGCUGGCACUGUGAUCAUCACUUCGCUCAUAUUUAUUCUCGUUACCAUCUUCACCGUCAUUGGCAAUGCCUUGGGCGGUGCCAGCUUCAACCCCACCGGUAAUGCUGCAUUCUACGCCGCUGGUGUUGGCGAUGACACCCUUCUCUCAAUGGCUCUCCGGUUCCCUGCUCAG